AUGAGUCAGUGCCGACAGUUCAUCGCUGGAGUUGAGCUGGGUGCAGUUGUGUGGUUUUGGUGCAGUUAUUUCCUUAGCUUUAACAAACGUUUGUUAACUUAACAUACAACAUGUGGGAUCGGAGAAGGAUAGGAAGGUUCUUAGGACUGUUUCUAACAGUUUUAUGGUUUCAUAUAGUCUCUGGGGCAGAACUGAUUAUAAAACCUGUGGGUGAAAAACAAUCUCAACCGGCUGGGAAGGGUUUUGUAUUAACGUGUCAAGGAUCUGCAGAAAAUGUUAAUUUGUUUACAGAUAUGAAAUGGAUUGAUCCAAAAGAUGAACCCAUAGACAAGUAUGUGAUUUUUUUAAUUAAUAACAUAUAUAUNGUUUGGAGUUAUGAAGAAAAUCAAUUAGCUUUAAUAUUUAGAAAUCCAGCAUUUGAACAAAGUGGAAGAUACAAAUGUAUAGCUCUUUAUUCUAAUACUGAUAGAUAUAAUGCCAGUGUUGAUAUUAUUUUCUAUAAGGAUAUCACUUGGGAAGAAUGUCCUCAACAACAAGCUUUAAUCAUUAACAAAGAUGGAAAAAUUCGGUGUCAGGUUUCUGCCAAUCCUUCACCUAGUGUUACAUGGUAUAAAGAUGGCAAACCCAUAGAAGAUGAUCGCUACGAAACAGCUGCUGAUGGUAUAACUGUUAAGAAUGUUGUACCAGCAGAUGAAGGUGUUUAUAGUAUCAGAGCCAUGGUAACACAAACUGGAAGAUUUCAAACUAAGCCAAUUAAUGUUCAAGUUCAUGUACCACCACAAAUAAUUCAAUUGGAAAAUACUGUUGAAGUCACUGAAGGUGAAGAAGCUGCUCUGACUUGUGAAGCAAAUGGAUCUCCCCAACCAGAAUAUACAUGGCUUGAUCCUAAAUUGCAAGAUUUAAGCAACAAGGAAGGAUAUUUUGUUGGAAAAGAAACAGGUGUUUUAACAAUUCGAAGUGUGAAAAAAGAAGAUUCUGGUAAUUACACUUGUGAAGCUAAAAAUGAUGCUGGAACUGCUUCUAAAAUUCUUCAUCUUAUUGUUGUAGUUAAACCUGAAAUAAGGAAAUUUGACAAUAUUACUGUUAUUGAAAAUAAGGAGGCCAAGCUAGAAUGUCAUGCUUUUGGAGAGCCAUUACCAAAACUUUCAAUAAGAAAAGAUGGCAAUGAAGAUCCAUUUGGAGAAGAUGUAAGUUUUCAGAGGCAUAAACAAUUUGAAAAAUAUUAUAAUUCAAUUGCUCCUAUUAUGAGAACUCCAAUUACUCAAGCAAAAACAUGGAAUGAUAAUCCAGUCAACUUAACAUGUAUUGCAGAAGCUAUUCCAAAUGCAACAAUAACAUGGUGGUAUAAUGGUCAAGAAAUUAAAGAAGGAAAUCAUUUAUAUGUUCAGUAUGGAAAAUCAUCUUAUAGUAAUCUUUUGGUUAAACCAUCAAGGCAUCUAUCUGGCGGAGAUGAUGUGUAUGGGCCAUAUCAAUGCAAGGCAGAAAAUCCUCAUGGUAAAAAGGAAAUCAUAAUAGAAUUAAAAGAAGCAAAAGUACCUGCUGCUCUUCUCCAAACUAGAGUGAUAAAGAAAACCGCAACUACUAUUACAUUUAUGCUUGUGGGACCAAGAGAUAAUGGAGGCAUGGCAAUUCGUGCCUAUGUAGUAGAAUUUAGGAAAAAAGAUGAACCUCCUGAUGCUAGUGUGCAGCGUGAAUGGAGUGAAGAUACACCAUACAUUUUAGACAAUCUAAAACCUCGUGUUGCCUAUAGAUUUAAAUUUGCUGCAAGAAAUGAUGUAGGCAUCGGAGAAUGGACUGAAGAAAUGGAAGAAGUAAUGCCUCCAGAAUCAUAUCCCGAAUCUCCCAAAUUUAUUACACCUGGUGGGAAUAUCAGCAGAUAUCCAGAUAGAUUUGAAGUUCGGUGGACUGUUCCUCAGGAUAAUGGAAAACCUAUUGAUUACUUUCAAAUUAGAUUUUUUCAGGUUAAAUAUCUUAAUACUCUCUCUCCUAACAAAGGCAACAGUGUAGGUGAAGAAAGAAUAAGUGACAAAGAUGAAGAAGAAAUGUUUCUGUCAAUGGCAGCCAUUAUUACUAUUGUUGUGGUGCUUGUAGUAAUUAUCCUUAUGGCUAUUGAUGUUACUUGCUUUCUACGUUAUCAGUGGGGAUUGUUAUAUUUCUUUCGAAGUAGCUUAUGUGGAAAAUCUGCAGCAGGUGAUAAAGCAAAAGAAGCUGCGGCGGAAGAUGGUAAAGGAAGUGGCAAGGAGAUUCUAGCUAAUAAUGGAGAGGUUAAAGUGGAUCCUAAAAGUACAGCUCCUAUGGACAAAGGAAAAGAUGAAGCAGAUGAGAAAUCAAGAACAGAAGUGGAUAAUCCAGCAUUUGACAAAGAAAAAGAACCAUUACAAAUGCACAAAGGAGAAGACAGAAGCGAUAAAGUUUACGCAGUUAAUGAAGAUACUCCUAUGAUCGAAACAGUAGGUGCAAAGGACACUAAAACUGAAACAAACAGCGUGGAUGCUGAAAUAAAGAAUAAAUCACCAAAAGGAUCUAAGUCAAGUAUUGCCAAAGACAGCUUGGUUUAACAUCUUGUAAGAUAAAAGUGAAGCCAACAUUUUAUAAAACUAUACUCCUGUUAACAAAUUAAGAUAUCUGGGUCAUCAUUUCAAGCAAUGAAUGAAGUGCAAGAAAAAUAAACAUUGAAUCUUUUUCUCUCUAAAUUUUGGUCAACAUAUAGCAGCAUAUAAAUGUUUGACCAAGGCAGAAUCGGUUCAGUGUUUUGUGACCCAAUCAUUAAUGUAAUUUUGAUUGUGAUGAUGUGGGAUGUGAUUCAAAUGGACUCCAUGAUUCCCUACUGCUGGCUUUAUGAAAUAGCAUGAUAUCAACAAGAGUGUACUGAACCAAGUAAUUGGUGCUAUCGCAAAGCUUAUUAAUUAGUUAUAUACAUUGUAUAAGCCUUUUUUAGGGAUAAUCAGGAGUGAAUGUGUGUGAUUUAUGCAGAAAAGUUCCAUAUGAAUGUUGGCUUCUAGCUUUAAGAAAAUCAUAGUCCAAGGACUCUGCCUCAGGGUCUCGUGCUCUAAGGAGUCAGUGCAUCAUUCCCCUAAAAUUGUCAUACGAUUCUGAAUUUUCAGAACAAUUUUAUUUCAUUACCGCUUUACUUUUGUAGACAUCUUUAGUGUGAUCUAUAUUAAUAUUGAUAAAUUUUUCACUUGAUACCUGUUGUAUGUAUUUUCAAAUCAUUCCAAAUUUAUGUUAAAAUUAUUUUUCAGAAAUUAAUUUCAUGGUUGUUCAUAUUAUUUCACCAUUCAUUAAUGAAGGAAUAUUUAUUGAUUAAUUUUUAUUCCUUUCAUUUAUUGGCUGGUAACUUAAAAUUCUUAAGUGUUUUCUUGGUGCUUUUGAAAAUUGCUUAUUAAUAACUUAUAUGUACGGUACUUUGUAUGGAUAAAAACCAUUGUAUUUUAGUUGUUAAAGAUAAGAUUGCCAGUUAAAGUUAAUCUUGAUUUUGAUUAAAAACCAUCUGGAAUUGUUACAGUUACAUUCUCUGUAGGUACUGAAACAGUUUGAGAUAAAAAAAAAAAAAUUGUAAAGAAAAAUUUUGCACCUGCAAUGCUCACAGAGAAAGAAGAGAACUGUAAGAAUACCUACAAAUUAAUUUGUUGAUCACAAUUUGAUGUUCUGCAGGAUCCUGACAUGUAUUAUUGUACUGAUUAUAGACUAAGAGUUCUUUAUUUGCAAAGAAAUUUUCAUAUCUUUUCAGUACAGAAAAUUUGGGUAAUUUGUAUUCCUGCAGCCAACAGAGCAGCUAUUUUGAAUUUCACUGUUAUUUCAGUGAGCAAAAAGGGUGUCCACAUGUUGGAUUUGCUUAAACUGCUGUCUUCUUACAAAAUGUGAUGUUGUGUGCAUGAACCAGAAUAAAUUCUUGUUCAUGAAUGUUAUCUGGACUAUUGCAUCAAUCCUACAAAUAAAUAUUUCAUGCCCAUCAAAUAAAAGAAAAAUUAAUUUAUCAUCUCUUA